AUGAUAAUCACUUCCGAGUCAUCGAAUCAUCACGUGAGCUCAGCCAACCUUGGAAUGCACGAGCCACUUGCUGGACGGUGGCUGAUUUUUCUCGAUAUGUGGCUGAUGAAAAUGUGGCUGUUCGUCUCCAAAACCCGAGCAUUGCGAGCACCUCGUAAACUCGGAAACCCGUGUCACUAUCCGCAUUAUUCGCAGCGCGAUGGGUUCUCAACAACGGCAAUGCCGAAACGGUGGAAUUUCAACACCAGCUUUGCUUGUAAAGAACGAGAAAGAGCGAACACGCGUACAAUGCGAGCCACUAACAUGCUGCGGUCCGGCAUCAGCCUCAAACGGCGUUCCGGCGAUGUAGAGAAAACUCCGCUCCAGCGCCGCUUACGCAAACCUAAGUCCAUCGUCAAAUCUACUGUUUUCGGCGCGAAUCUUCAAUGA